AUGCAUCACGUAGAGAUCGAAGACUUUUAUCAUCACGAUUUUACUACUGUCUCCGAAUGGGAAGUGUUCAUCGCGCGAAUCGAAGAGCUUAUACACGAAUGGAAGCUGCCACAUAUGAAGGUUACGAGUUCCCUCAAACCAGGUGAUUUCAUCAACUGUCAGUGGCAUGAGACCUCAGAGAAGCUAAACUUUGCAGAUGUAGAAUUUUUGCUGAAACAUUACGAGCUAGAAAAGGAAAGUGAAAGUGAAGAUGCAGCAAAAGAAGAAAACGAAGAAGAAUGGAUACAGUGUCAAAAGGAUGCUUUGGAUAUAUCCAACGAUUUUGUAAAGCUCAAUGAUAAUUGUAUGGAGAUAGCUCGUUAUUACGGUGUUAGAGAGUUUCUCGUUUUGAUACCAGCUCGAAAAGCGAGUUUAACAGAUGAAACUCGAAUUAAAAUUGUGCUCAGUUCGUUAACAAUUGCUGCUAACAAUGCAAAUUGUUAUAUACCGAUAUUGGUGCAGAUACAAGAACUUUGGCAGAAAAUGUAUCUUGGAUGCUGUGCUGGUAAAGGAACCUGUGUAAAUCUUGACAUGGUACAUUUAAAGAAAGUUCCACCACAUUGCAGAUACCUUACUGGUUUACUUACUCUUUUCAAGCAGAAAAUCGGAGAAGGCUGUGGUGUAAAGAUUGACUCCGUAAUGGUAUCUACUAGAUUUUCUUAUUUAUUAAAGGACUGGACUAAUAGCACGUGGACGCAAGAACCUCCGGAUUUUGAUUUCAUGCAAGGAGAAACGUUAGGUGUGGCAGAAUUGGGUAAACUUCCCUUUGGAGCAACUUUUGAUCCCGUCAGGGAACUUCACCUAUUUGUCACAUGGCCACAAAUGUCAGAUAAUGUGAUAGUGGACAGCGAAGGAUACUCGGAUCUCGAGCCACAACUCGCUCCUGAAUGGUCGGUGCAAGUGAAAAUGGUAGCCUUGCCCGCUUGUUUACUCGGCGAAUAUAUGGCUGACUUUCUGCAUCUGUGUAACAAUCAGAAGACUAUGGUAGAAUUACUGGGUGAAAACGCAUCUUACAUUCACGAUGACGAACAGAUGUUAAGUUCGGCUUUCAGUGUGCUCACCGAAUCCAGAAUACCUACAAUUUCGGCCGUUGUAGGUAGAGCGAACGCGAAAAAGAAUAAAAACAUCGAGGGUCCAAUUUCGGAAGAGAUAUUGCUACCUAUACUUUACUUCCUUUUUCCGGAUGCAGAUGAAAACUCGAAAUUCCCUUACAACGAUAUUGUCCCGAUUAUGGAAGAUGAUCAGUGGAAGGGUGUGAAAACUUGCAUGAUGGACAGCUUGGUGUGGCGUCUAUCAGUCGUCGCGGCACACUGCACGCACAAUCUUGGUGGCGCAACCGCUCUGGCCCAACUUUGGCACGAGUUCGUGCAGGAGAUUAGAUUCCGGUGGGAAAAGAAUAUCCUGAUACCUGGAGUCGGGCCCGGUUUUCCAGAUUCCGUUCGCACGUGCUUGCUGCAUCAAAAAUUACAGAUGAUGAACUGCUGUAUAACGAGGAAAAAAACGAGGGAGGAGAAUGCGCAUAGGUCUCAGAGCAUAGAAAUCGACGAUGUGGACGAGACAGAAUCUGAAGAUGACGAAUUUUUCGAAUGCACGAGCGAGGAGCUGACGAGCGAGGAGUUGACAUCAACGAAGCCACAAUUGAAGGCGAAGCACUUGCUGUGGAACAAACCCGCGGGAAGAUUGGCCAAACAUCCUUCGCUCAGGUUGAUCCAAACUGGAGACCUUCUUUAUCUACCAGUCACGCAGGAUCCCGUACCGAAGACGGAGGACCAACUGGAGGAGGAUGCGCAGGUAAUGAUGCAGCUUGGUACCGACAAAUACGCUUCCGAAAUGCGAGCUCGAAUGAUGAGCGCGUCCCUAUUAUCAGACAUGGAAUCCUUCAAGGCGGCAAAUCCUGGCGCAGUCCUGGAGGACUUUAUUCGAUGGUAUUCCCCGAGAGAUUGGAUUGAUGAUGAAGGUGUUGACGAAUGGGGGCAAGGAAAAGGUCAUUUAUCACCACGGAUGAUGAUCACUGAUAACCCGUGGUCAACGACAUGGACAUCGGCGCAGCCAGUUCCCGCACAUCGGCAGAAACGAUUGUUCGACGACACGCGAGAAGCGGAAAAGGCUCUGCAUUAUCUGUGCUCGAAGCGAAUAGGCCAGGUCGCGAAACUCCUGUUGCCGACUCUGACGCAUGCCGCGCUCUAUACCUUAAGCUUACAGAAACAAGAAGCUCUGCCAAGCCUACCUGAUGUAGCACAGAGCAUACUCAAUAAAUUACAAUACGCAACGAAACCAAUUCAUCAAAAGCUGCAAUUAUAUGAGGAAAUCACGCGUGACAUCGAAAGCGUGGAAGCGUUGGUUGCUCAAGUAAACUCGUUACAGCACAAGUUAGGCGGUAAUAAUGACUCUAAAGAAUUCACAUCCUUUUUGAUUCAAUUGAUGCGGGGAAAGGAAGUGAGCGUGCCUGGCGGCUCCAGAGGAGACAUUGGAACUCGAAUAACGACGAUGUUUCGCGAUGCUCAAAAGGCUGCUCAUAUGAUGACGUCCGUCAGUAAUACCAAUAAGGAUACUAUAAAUGCGGCAGAUAGUCGAUACAAAAAUUUCCCCGAACCAUCGUGCAAGGAAUUCAUUUUGCGAGCCAUAAUACCGCGACCUUCGCCAUCCUCCACGCCGCAGCCACAACGGCUGUAUGUCUGUCUUAAACGAGAUCACAUUCGUUUAGCCGGAUUCUUUUCCGAAGAUACGACGUUUUUAUAAUAUCAUUCAAACAUCAUCGUCGAAUUUAAGUAAUUUUUAUUUAAAAAAUU